UAUGUGACUUGUGUAUGCAUAAUUUUUUGAAAUCACAAUAAUAAAUCUCACAUAAAUUUGUGUCCAUGGCAUAUUAAUUGCAGUGAUAAAUAAGCACAAAUAUAUUUCUGAAUUUACAGUAUCUAUAAUAUCAUUAAUAUUGAAAGACGUUAGAGUUUAGAUUUUGUACAUACCUGCCAAUUUCCUUUGAGGAAAAAUCACAUGGUUAUGUAAUGCUUUAUUCUAACACAAAGUAUAAAACAUUUAUUGGACCUGUUCUUUGUUGUUUUUAUUUCUGUUUACUGCUUUAAAUCUUUCAUUGUCUUCAUCAAUUGUAAGAUCACACUAUACAAGAGGGUACAUAUGGAUGAGGUUUACAAAAUAGAGAAUAACAGGCCAAAACUAUGUACAGAAAAAUGGAAAAAAAUAAGAAAAGAGAAAAAUAGUUCAAAAAAAUAAAGGAUAGAGAAUAAUGGGGGCUAAAGUAUAAAGAAUACAGAAUAAUGAGCAAAAUAAAAAAGUAUAGAGAAAAAAUUUGAGGCCUAAAGUAUGAAAGAAUAAAGAAAUAAAGGACCCUGUAUCCAGACCCUCAUUCAAUGUAUAAGAAGCUAUAAAUUGCAGAUGACAGGAUGAUCAAGGUUAAAUUACAAAUGUAUCUAUUUAAAAAAAUCUUUGUUUUAUUGUGAUAUUUUUAACAAAGGUAUGCACUGUAGAAUACAAAAGAUACUCGUAGCACUACUAUAUUUAAGUAUUUAAAGUCUACCAUUGUAUAUGAACAUUUGUAAAUAACAUGAAUAAUGGUGACUUUACAAUAUAUUGACUGUUAAUAAAGACUGAGCCGUUUUUGACGGUUGAUGCAAUGGCUUCUGGCAGGACAUCUGCUGUCACUUCUCCAGCACGUCUUCCACAAAGACCAUCAUCAGUAAGAAGGGGAAGAGCACCCACAGUAUCAGGCAGGUUAUACGUCCCUGAUGGCGCAUCACCUUCACCUUAUAUCAACAGAGAUAAUUUGAGACAGACAGCUAGUGCUCCUGGUAAACUUCGUCGACGUGGCAGGAAUACACCAGCAUCUUCAAUCUUUGUAUCGCCUACAAGCCGACAGAAACCCAAACCAAAUGUUCACAUCAAGUCACCCUUUAAACAUUCUAUGCAGAAGGCGGAGACAUCUCAGGAUAGACCUUCCUCUCCAGCACAAGAUCUGAAAGACAUGACAGCAUUUGCUACCUUCCAAGUAGGUAAAAUGUUAUCCAGAGAACCAGUGGAACAAAAGGCCAAACUUCAUGGGAGGCUCCUAAAGGGAAAAUUAAAACCACUGAAGCCAGUGAAUGUUAAGGGACCAUCAAUAGAGAAAUGUAGAGGUAUCGUUUCUGAAAACAGAACAUCACUGCCACCUGCUAACAAAACUUUAGCUAGAAGGAGGGAGAUCUUAGAACGUAUACCAAAUGUUCACGAAUACCUGUAUGAUAGGCCCCGUACUGAAGAAUCCAUUCAUCGUACAUCUCGUGCAUCGAGUGUGGAUGAAAACCGAGACCAUAUUAUAAAAGAGGAAUCAACAGAGCUAGAAGGAGAAACACCAGAAGUUUACCAAAGUGACUCAUUACCAAUUGGUCCAACUGGUUCCCGAAUGACUACAAACAGUGGCCUUUCAGGUCCAACCCCUACACCAAGGAUGUUUGUUACAGAAAUAAAUGGUAAAGGAAAAGAAAAUACACCUUUUGAUAAUAAUAUCAACAGUAGAAUAAAAAACCAGCUUGAACUUCAACAAAACCAGGAAUGCAAUGCAGGAGAGACUGGUGACAAAACCGAGAACCAAAGUAGGCCAAAUACUGCAGGAAAAUUGGUCAGAUUUGCUGAGGGCUCUAAAGAGGAUGGUGAAAAAAGCAAAGACAUGAAACAAUUCCAAAAUGCCAAAAUUGCUGAAGGCUUGAGGGAAAAUACAACAAACACUGUGUCUACCGAAAAUACACAAAUGGAAAUAGCUAUGAAGGUUGAUAUCAAAAUUGUUGAUAAAACGGAAAAAUCUAAAUCUGAAGAAAACAAAAUAGUUCAAGGGGAGAUUAAAGUUUUAGACAAAGGAGAACAAAUUGAAAAAGGCAAAAAGAAAACUAAAGAAAGUUGUAAACCUGAUGAUGAUGUUAUAAUUAAGAAAGAUGAUGAUAAUGAUGAUGAUGACAAUAUUAAAGACCAGAAUGACAACAGAUAUGCUGAAAGUAAAUCUCAAAAUACGUCUUCAUCCCAGAAUGCUGAGCAGUCUGGUUCCCAAUCCAUGGAACCCAGUGAUAAAAAUGUUAAUGGGAAGCAGAACUCAGUACAUACAUGCAGGAAUAGACAAAGAUACAAAGCACCAAACACAUUACAGAUUCAGUCUGUAUUACAUGAUGGGAGUGUUUAUUAUACCCUAGGUGCAGAGAGUCCUCGUCGUAGUCCCUCUCCAGCAAGAUCGCCAAGUCCUGUGGCUUCAUCACUUCGUAGUAGUUCAGAUGGUUCUAAGAAUAAAUUUAACAAGCUGGUGAGGCCAUCCUCAGCUAAUUUAGGAAAAAAGCACAAAAGAAGGUCUUCUGAGACAUCGCACUCAAGCAUAUCUGUGGUAACCAAUAGAAAAUCUGAAUCAGCAGAAUCACCAUCAAGAAAAUCAAAAGUUUAUUUUGAAGGAGAAUAUCCUCCUCACCAAUCAAUAUUCACUGAGAAUAAAAUUGGAGAUCAGAUAGAGAUCUCUCUUAAAGAUGACAAGACAUUGACAUUUGACGAUUUAGAUCAGGAACUUUUGGCCAUUCAAGAAAGUAUUCAGAUGAGACGAGAGGAGACAUCAGAUGAUGCUAUGUUUAUUAACCUUAAUUCUGAGUCCACAGUGAAAGAAAAUGAUUGUGAACUCCAAAGGCAAGCUGAAGAAAAUAUCAUGCAUUUAGAACUAAAUAAUAAAUGUCUGCAAACGGAUGAGGAUUACAUGUCUGAAACACCAAAGGACAAUGGACAGUCAUAUUCUGACUUGUUAGAUAUGUAUAGAAAGAAAUGUAUGACAGUCAGUGAAAACUGUGGUUGUAUUAGUGAUUCACUAAUGACACCAGGUCGUGCUAUGACUAAUGUCAAAAGGAGUCAUUCAUUUUCUAGACCUUCUUCUGCUUCAAGUAAAAAAUCUUCACCGAAAAAACUAGAAAGAAGAAACAGUUUCCACUUUGAAAAGCCUACUUCUGAUACAGAUGUUUCAAAACCAAAAGUCUUAUUCAGAUCACCAUCUGUUGUUUCUAUGGCAACUGACAGUGGAUGUAGUAUAGGAUUUGAAGCAGAAGACAAAAUUCCUAAUUAUUAUCUGACGUCUGCUGCAACUGAUUCAGAUGUUUGUGUGACUGAUAGAAGUGAAGAAGAGAAGCCAUUACUGGCUAUGGUUUGUGAUCAACUACCCCCUGAUGAGACUAUCAACCCAAAUUCAGCCAACACAAAUAAUACAAGCGAUUUUACUAAAUCUAGUUUCCAAGUGGUUGCCACAGCUGCAGAAAUUUCUAAGCCAAAACAAGUGAAGAAACCAGCGAAGAAGGAACCAGUUGCACCAUUUGCUCCUCUGUGUUUUACUUUGAAUGCUAGAGCACCUACAGGAUAUUUAUAUUACUUUGCUUAUGGACCUGACAUGAACCCAUCUAGGGUAUCUGCUUACUUAAAAAGAGAAGUGAACUGCAGAUAUUGGGGACUUUUGUAUGGUUUCCAGCUUGUGUUCAACAAAAAAGGUUUAGAUGUUGAAGCAGGAGGUUUUGCCAAUAUUGAGUUGAACCCAUUUUGUUCAGUUGAAGGUGUAAUUUACCAGAUAACGGCAGAAGAAUUACAGUUAUUAGAUAAUCACACUGGAUAUCCAGAGCAUUAUACACAUUUGAUGUUACCAGUGUGGAUGUCAAACUCCAUGAAUCCUGACCAGUAUGGAGUAGCCCAAUAUUGUGUACCUGCUGUUAUGUAUUUAGCUCAAGAUAAAUGGAUAAACAAAGAUGAAACAAUCAAUUGUGACUAUGCAUUACAGCAGUGCAUCAAAAGUUCUGACUUAGUUACUCCUGACUACAGGGAUCACAUGGUCAAUUACUGUCAGCCAAUGAAAGAACAAGUUAUGUGUGUAUAGAAGUGACAGUGGUCAGAAAGAACAUUUCUUUUAAUUGGUUGCAGAGUUCAUAUAAUCAUAUUCUGCUGGCAGAUGUGUAAGAGAGUUUGAUUCUAUUGGACAAUUUCUUUAUAAAAUGUCAAGCAAAUAGUUAACAAAUUGAUUUCUGUACUUAAGAAAUGUAAAUCAUCUAGUUUACAAGGAGUCCCUAUCUCCUAACUUUGGAUGGGAACAGUGAUCUUAGGGAUAACAACCCAUUGGAAACAGGUCUACUUACACUAAGUUACAUAAAAUUAAAUGUAAACACCUGUUGUUAUUUGGGCUAAAAGAAGUAAUUUUUAUCCCAAUAAAUGUGAUUUUAUAAAAAUAAGGAGAUGUUGUAUGAUUGCUUAUUUAGAAUAAAUAAUUAAAUGCUUAUGACUAAUCAGUAUUAAACUAAUAAAAUAUUGAAAGUUAGUUGCUUUUCAAAUUCUAUACAUGAAAUUGUUAUUUUAAUUGUAGAAUAAAUAAUAAUACAGUUUUUUAAGCAAUAAUAGAUUGCAGCAGACACUGUUUUUGAUUUAUUUAAUUUAAGUCUAAUUCAGAAUUUAUUAAUAGUCCAUCUCUUUAAACAGUUAAAGUAAAUAUAACAUUGACCUUUUGAUGUUUAAACUUGGUUUGGUUUCAGGUAUAAAUAUGUAUGGGGUAAUUUUAUAAAUUCAGAUUUGGAGGCAGAUGGUUCAUUUCUUGACAUGUCGUUAUAAAUUAUUGAAAUCCUUGAUUUAAAACUUGAAGUCCUAUCCAGUUGUCAAGUAUGGAAAAAAAACCCAACUGAUUGGUCCUUCAUCAAUAGGUCCAUAUAUUUAUAUAUGCAUAUAUUUGAUUAUGCUUUCAAAAAGUUACUGCCAAAAAGUGUUGACAAUUAUUAUUUAAUAUUUAGCUGCAAUUAAUAUUGUCAUAUAUUAUCUGUGAUAUACUGUAAAUUUCAGAAAUUAUUGCAUGCAUUUAUUAUUGCACUUUUUUUAGAAUGGAGGAAAAUGCAAGAUUAAUCAUUGCGAUUUCGGGAAGAGCUGCCUACAGACAUAUGUAUCAGAUAGCAUAAUGCAACUUCUUAUUAUUGCGAUAUGCAUUCAGUCGCAUUAUUCACAUUGAUAAAAACCUCGUAAUAAUUUCUGAAUUUACAGUACUGUUUAAUAGUGCCUUGAUGAAAAUCUUUUAGAAAGAUUAUUUUAUUUUAUAGGAUGUUGAAAUGUGUUACAUAUAAUCCUAUUUUCAGCCGUCUGCUGAGGGUAUCAGUCUAGAUAUAUUUUUUGUGGGGGGGGGGGGGGGGGGGGGGGUUGUCUUUUUACAGCAUUUAUCAAUAGAGACAUGAAAAUAAUCAUAAACAUGUUUUAUUUAGUUUUAGUAUCCUAAUAAUGUUUUAAUUUUGUCUUUGAUCCAUUUCUUUAUUUUCUUGAUAUAUUUAUUUGUACAGAUUCAUUAAACAGGUGAAACAUUUUUGUGUCCUCACUGUUUUGAAUGAAUUAAAUACUUAAUCUGUGAUUAUAUUAUAUUUUAUAUUAUAUUUUUAUGCAUCUAAAUUUUUUUUUUUAACAAUUUUAUUUUUAUUUAAAAAACGUUAUGUUUAUAUGAAGUUAUAUAUAUUUAUGAUAUGUUUCUAAGAACAAAGGAUGGAUGUUUUGAUUACUGUUGUUCAUUCUUGUUCUUACCAAGUACUUGUUUAUUGAAUUGUUAACUUUUUAAAUUUGUUUGCUUGAUUGUAGGUACAUUAGUAUUUUUUUUAUAGAUCUGAUAAGAUUUCUAAGAUUUUUAAAUUAACAAACCAUUAUCCUUAUAUUUUUUAACACAUUUUCAUGAUAAUUAAAAAUAUUUUUAUAAAUAGAAGAAUUGCCGCUCCAAGGGCAUAUCUCUGUACUUUAAAUAAUUUUUUAUUGUUAUUUAAAAUUUAUUUGUUCAGUUUUACAGAGUUCUCUAUCAUGGGAAUCAGUACUUUCUAAAAAAAGAUUGAUUUAUAUCAGUAACCCUCUUAGUGGUAGAGUCUUAAUAUUUAUAUGUCUGAUCCAUCACUGGAGGGGGCAUUAAGUGUUACCCAUGUCGGUCUGUAUGUCGCUUAGAAUUGGUUUCUGUCCUCUAGUUUAGUUUGCCUCAACCAAAUGUUAUGAAACUUAUUCACAAUGCCUAUUACCACAAAACAAAGAUAUUUUAAAUUCUGUAUUAAAUCAUUUGAGUUUUCAGCAAGAAUAUGCAUCUGUUUAAACAGUCCAAAGGAAUUUUAUAUGUAAUUGAGGUGGUACCAAACACCUUGACUAAAAUUAAUUUGGCUCGUUUAAUUUUCAUAAAAUUUUGACAAAAUAUUUACUUUGACCCUUUGACAAAUAUAUAAAAAUUUCAAAAAACUUGAACCACACACUUUAUCAGAAAAAUUUCAUUGGAUAUACAGCAGUUUGACAAACACUAAUUUUAAUCAUUGAGAAGCUUAAUAUUUCCUAUAAAAUAAUUGAAGGUGAUUAAAACGUUCAGCUGAUUUUUACAAAGUUAUCUCCCUGUAGUGUUAUGUACCACCUUAAUAUAACCUUUCCGUGAUAAAAAUAUCAAAAGAUUUUUUAUAGACUAGUGACCCCCUUGAUCUUCACAAGGAUUUCAAAUUAACUGUUUUACCUACGUUUUGAUAGAUUAUUGUUGUUUGUUUAAUGUUUGAUGUCCAGUGGCAAGAAUUACAUGCAUGUUCUAAAUUUAGAAACGAGCAUGUGAAAAAAAAUCAUAAUAUCAGAGAUACUUUUGGGAUGAAAAGCUACAGGUUAUUUCCUUUGUUUGUCUAUGCAUAUAUGUUGUCAGUAUUAAAGAUGGACUGUGCCUUGGAAUAAAUGUAGUAAAAUAUGA